CGACGACGUCACAGCAGCAACAGCCACCGCCCUCGGCACCGCCCCCCGGCGGCACCGCCCCUUUUGGGGCAGAGCUCCCGGGAGGCACCGCCCCUGGCGCGCCCCCCCCGGCACCCCCCGCGCCCGCGCCCCCCCCCCCAGCAGUUCAUCGUGGUCACCGUGGCGGCAGAGGGGCUGCGGCCCCCGGAGGGCGCCGAGGGCAGCCCCGCCCCCCCCGCGCCACCCCAGCCCGGGCCCAGCCCGGGGGCACAGCAGCGCUCCCCAGCCCCCAGCGCCACGGCCGUCCCCAAGCCCGGCACCCCCCAGGAGGUGCAGCAGCUGCCCCCAGUGCAGCACGUGUUCCCCACCCCCGUGCCCUACGUGGAGGGGGGGGACGGCUCAUACCCUCCCGGAGCCAUCCGCUCGGGCUCGUUCCCGUUUGCCGAGACGCCGCUGUUCGGGCAGAACUCGGGGGGCUACUUCGAGGGGGGCCGGGGGGGCUGCGGUACAAGCUCGCAGGCCCCCCCUGCCAGCGCCCCCGUGCCCAUGUAUGUGGCGGGGGGACAAAUUUUGGGGAGCCCCCCCGCCCCCCCCCAGAGCGGCACUGGGACCCCCGGAACCCCCGGCGGGGGCACCUACGUCAUCCAGGGGGGGUACAUGGGAGGGGGCGGCACGGCCUAUGCUCACACCACCCGCGCCUCCCCUGCCACGGUGCAGUGGUUGCUGGACAACUACGAGACGGCCGAGGGAGUGAGUUUGCCCCGCAGUGCCCUGUACUGCCACUACCUGCUGCACUGCCAGGGCCACAAGCUGGAGCCCGUCAACGCCGCCUCCUUCGGGAAGCUCAUCCGCUCCGUGUUCAUGGGGCUGCGCACGCGGCGCCUCGGCACCAGGGGGAACUCCAAGUACCACUACUACGGGCUGCGCAUCAAGGCGGGGUCGCCGCUGCUGCGGCUCGUGGAGGACCAGCAGCACCUGGCCAUGCGCCAGCAGCCCUUUGCCCAGAAACAACGCCUCAAACCCGUGCAGAAGAUGGAGGGGGGGGUCACCAAUGGGGUGUCGUCAGGGCCAGCCCCUCCCGGCGUCCCCGACAUCAGCGCCCAGGUGCAGCAGUACCAGCAGUUCCUGGAUGCCUCCCGCACACUGCCGGAGUUCCCCGAGAUCAACGUGCAGGGGAAGGGGCUCCCCGAGGGUGCAGGGCCCGAGGACCUGCGCAUAUUCCAGCAGCUCUACCGGGAGCACUGCGAGGCCAUCGUGGAUGUGAUGAUCAACCUCCAGUUCUCGCUGGUGGAGAUGCUCUGGAAAAGCUUCUGGCGUUUUGGGGUGACCCCGGUCCCCCCGUUCCGCAGGCAGGAGGAGGCGGAGCGGCGCCUGCCCCGGCGGCGGCUGCUGCUACUGGCCCGGCACGAGCCUGUCCUGCGCUGGGUGCGCGACUGUGACCACGCCCUGUACCAGGGGCUGGUGGAGAUCCUGGUGCCCGACGUGCUGCGCCCCAUCCCCAGUGCCUUGACCCAGGCGAUCCGGAACUUCGCCAAGAGCCUGGAAAGCUGGUUGGGGAACGCCAUGGUCAGCAUGCCUGAGGAGAUGGUCCGAGUCAAGGCGGCAGCAGCCGGGGCCUUCGCACAGACCCUGCGGCGCUACACAUCCCUGAACCACCUGGCACAGGCGGCCCGGGCCGUGCUCCAGAACACGGCCCAGAUCAGCCAAAUGCUCAGCGACCUCAACCGCGUCGACUUCGCCAACGUCCAGGAGCAGGCGGCCUGGGUGUGCCGCUGCGAGGCGCGGGUGGUGCAGCGCCUGGAGCAGGAUUUCAAGGCCACGCUGGGGCAGCAGCACUCGCUGGAGCAGUGGGCGGCCUGGCUGGACGCCGUGGUGGGCCGCGUCCUGCGCCCACACCUGGGCACCCCCGGGCUGCCCCGCGCUGCCAAGCUCUUCCUGCUCAAGUGGUCCUUCUACAGCUCGAUGGUGAUCCGAGACCUGACCCUGCGCAGCGCCGCCAGCUUUGGCUCCUUCCACCUGAUCCGGCUGCUGUACGACGAGUACAUGUAUUACCUGGUGGAGCAGCGCGUGGCGCGGGCCCGGGGCACCUGCCCCAUCGCCGUCAUGGGCGAGUUUGCUAACCUAACCAGCUCCCUGAACUCACAGGACCCGGACAAAGACGAGGAGGAGGAGGAGGAGGAGGAGAGUGAUGAGGAGCUGCCAGCAGAGCUGGGGCUGGGGGGCAGCGAGGGACCCCCUGAUGCCCUGGAGCCCCCCCUGGAGACCCCCCUGGAGCCUCCCCCGGCCAAGCUGCCCCGGGCCGACCCCCGCGGGCUCUUCGUGCAGGCCCUGCCCUCGAGCUGAGCCCCCCCGCGCCCCCCCGGGGGGGGGGACAAUGUGCCUUAAGUGACGCCGGGACCGUGCCAA